CAACUAGUAGUUACUUAUACUGCAAAGCCCCUUGCAGAGGAAAUAAAAAGAAGCUGAAAAAGGAAUUGGCAGAACGGCGAGCACCAAAUUGUUGCUCCCAAAUUCCAUUGCUGACGAGUGCGAGGUCUACACCAAAGCUAUUGUGUUGUGCCUAAGCUGUAGACAGGCUUGUUGCUCUGCCUGGGGAGCGAGAAGCUAACAAAAUGCUGCCACAGCGGAUGAAAAAGGUUAUGACAGACAACCCAAAAAAGUUAGCCAAUUUGAUUGACCUUGUAAAUCUCCCUUCAACACUUAGAGAGUUCAUGGGUCAGUCACAGACCUCCCGCUUGGGUUGUUUUAAGCGUGUCUGGUGUUACAUCAAAGAGAACAAUCUCCAGGAUCCAAACAACAAGAACUUGGUUAAUUGCGAUGAAAAGUUGAAGAGUGUCUUGUUGGGUAAGCCCCAGGUUGAGCUGACUGAACUACCAACAUUGAUCAAGUUGCACUUCCCCAAGCAACCAAGAUGAUUGAGUUUAUUGUAAUGUUUAAUCCAAGUGGUUAAUCUUCGAACACUAUAUAGACUCCACAGAUUUUAUGAAGAGUUAGGCUGAUUAUGUAUCCUGGUGAAAUGACUUGUCUUACUAGUUACUAGUCAAAGUUCUACAAGCAGAAGCUCUAGAGUUUUGCGUUUUGCCAUAUUUUACUUUCGUAUUUGGAAGAUGCUACCCUUGACUGUAGUGAUGUUCUUUUUCUAAAUUAUAAAUACUGUACUUCUCUACUUUCACGAGAUAAGAGUAAGGUUUGUGUUCA